CAAGAAGAAAGAAAGAAAGGAAGAAAGACAUGUUUUCCCGCCAUUGGAGGUUUGGUGCUGUCAGGUUCACCGAUGUGGACCUCUUUGCAGACGGUUCAGAGUCCGGUGCAGAGACUCUUUCCCAGGCUAUCAGAACCGCUGCCUCCGAGCAGCCGGACGCAGAUGGCAGCGUGCUAUUUGGCCAGCUGCGGGGCACUGUGGUUGGGCUCAGAUAUUACUCUGGUGUGGUAAACCGUGGGGAGAUGGUGAGUUUGGUACGGGAGCCGCAAAAUCCGUACGACCGGAAUGCGGUGAUGGUCACCAACGUUUUAGGCCGACAGGUGGGACACAUUAAGAAGGAGCUGGCUGCAGCCAUGGCAUAUGUUAUGGAUAAAAACCUGGCCAAAGUAGAGGGGGUGGUUUACUCAGGGACCAACAACACCUUCUCCAUGCCGGUUACACUUUCAUUCCUGGGGAGCGAAGAGAACAAGGAUGCUGUGAUGAAGUACAUGGCGAGUCGAGGGUACAAACUGGACACAGAAGGAGGUGCAAUGGGGAAAGCUUCUGGCUCUGCUGGCGCUCGCUCGUUUUCCUUCAAGAAAGGUGUGACCAUCCCGCUAACUGCAGAUGAGCUGAAGAAUGCAUUUGACAAUUUAUUUGAGGGUUUGAUGGAGAGCAAAGAUGGGGAGAAAGAGGCAGCUGAGGUAAGUUGUGCUGCUAACCAUUGCACUAUAACAUUCAUUUUAUUUUUGUAUUUACAGGUUUGUUUGUGUUUUUUGGUAGAAUGUUUAACAUUAUUUUCACUCUCUCACCAGUAUUUUUUUGGACAGACAUCUUAGAUUUAUUCUUGGUUU